UGUGCGGCCGCCGCCGCCGCCGCUGGUGGGAGAGACGCGGGGUUGGGGGGGGAGGAGGGCGCGCGUGGUGCCGGCGGGGAGCGGCGGCGCCCCCCCCUCCUCCUCCUCCGCCUCCUCCUCCUCCGGCGCCGCGGGCUCCUCGGACAUGGCCGCGGCGGUGGCGGUGGCGGCCGCGUCCCGGCGGCAGUCGUGCUACCUGUGUGACCUGCCCCGCAUGCCCUGGGCCAUGAUCUGGGACUUCACUGAGCCCGUGUGCCGUGGCUGCGUCAACUACGAGGGCGCCGACCGCGUCGAGUUCGUCAUCGAGACGGCGCGGCAGCUCAAGCGGGCGCACGGCUGCUUCCCGGAGGGCCGCUCCCCGCCCGGCGCCGCGGCCCCGGCCGCCGCCAAGCCGCCGCCGCUCUCGGCCAAGGACCUCCUCCUGCAGCAGCAGCAGCAACAGCCGCCGCCGCUCGGCCACGGCGGCCCCGAGGCCGCCCCGCGCGCCCCGCAGGCCCUGGAGCGCUACCCCCUGGCGGCCGCCGCGGCCGAGCGGCCUCCGCGCCUGGGCUCCGACUUUGGCGGCAGCCGCCCGGCCGCGAGCCUGGCCCAGCCGCCGACGCCGCAGCCGCCGCCCGUGAACGGCAUCCUGGUGCCCAACGGCUUCUCCAAGCUGGAGGAGCCGCCCGAGCUGAACCGCCAGAGCCCGAACCCGCGGCGCGGCCACGCCGUGCCGCCCACCCUGGUGCCGCUCAUGAACGGCUCGGCCACGCCGCUGCCCGCUGCGCUCGGCCUGGGCGGCCGCGCCGCCGCCUCGCUGGCCGCCGUGUCCGGGGCCGCGGCCACCGGCCUGGGCUCGGCGCAGCCCGCCGAACUAGGCGCCCACAAGCGGCCGGCGUCCGUGUCGAGCGGCGCGGCCGCGGAGCACGAGCAGCGCGAGGCGGCGGCUAAGGAGAAGCAGCCGCCGGCUGGCUCGCACCGCGGCCCGGCCGACAGCCUGUCCUCGGGGGCCGGGGCGGCCGAUCUGGGCACCGAGGGCGCGGGCAAAGGCCGCGGGCCCGGCGAGCAGGACUGGGUCAACCGACCCAAGACCGUGCGAGACACGCUGCUGGCGCUGCACCAGCACGGCCACUCGGGGCCCUUCGAGAGCAAGUUUAAGAAGGAGCCGGCCCUGACUGCAGGCAGGUUGUUGGGUUUCGAGGCCAACGGGGCCAACGGGUCUAAAGCAGUUGCAAGAACAGCAAGGAAAAGGAAGCCUUCUCCAGAACCAGAAGGUGAAGUCGGGCCCCCUAAGAUCAAUGGAGAGGCACAGCCGUGGCUGUCCACGUCCACAGAAGGGCUCAAGAUCCCCAUUACUCCUACAUCCUCUUUUGUGUCUCCACCUCCCCCCACUGCCUCACCUCAUUCCAACCGGACCACACCGCCUGAAGCGGCCCAGAACGGCCAGUCCCCCAUGGCAGCCCUAAUCUUGGUAGCAGACAAUGCGGGGGGUAGUCAUGCCUCAAAAGAUGCCAACCAGGUGCACUCCACCACCAGGAGGAACAGCUGCAGCCCACCCUCUCCGUCCUCUAUGAACCAGAGAAGGCUGGGCCCCCGAGAGGUGGGGGGCCAGGGGGCAGGCAGCACAGGAGGACUGGAGCCAGUGCACCCCGCCAGCCUCCCGGACUCCUCGCUGGCGGCCAGCGCCCCGCUGUGCUGCACCCUCUGCCACGAGCGGCUGGAGGACACCCACUUUGUGCAGUGCCCGUCGGUCCCUUCGCACAAGUUCUGCUUCCCUUGCUCCAGACAAAGCAUCAAACAGCAGGGAGCCAGUGGAGAGGUCUAUUGUCCCAGUGGGGAAAAAUGCCCCCUUGUGGGCUCCAAUGUCCCCUGGGCCUUCAUGCAAGGGGAAAUUGCAACCAUCCUUGCUGGAGAUGUGAAAGUGAAAAAAGAGAGAGACUCGUGACUUUCCGGUUUCAGAAAAACCCAAUGAUUACCCUUAACUAAAACUGCUUGAAUUGUGUAUAUAUCUUCACAUAUAUAUAUAUCCAAGACAAGGGAAAUGUAGACUUCAUAAACAUGGCUGUAUAAUUUUGAUUUUUUUGAAUACAUUGUGUUUCUAUUUUUUUUUUUUUGACGACAAAAGGUAUGUACUUAUAAAAGCAUUUUUUCUUUUGUUAACGUUAUUAGCAUAUAUCUGUGCUUUAUUAUCCUGGUGACAGUUACCGUUCAAUGUAGGCUGUGACUUGCGCUGCUUUUUUAGAGCACUUGGCAAAUCAGAAACGCUUCUAGCUGUAUUUGUAUGCACUUAUUUUAAAAAGAAAAAAAAAAGCCAAAUACAUUUUCUGACGUCGUAAGAUUGCCUUACUGUCUGUUAUUCCUUAUUGCUGGCCCCUUUCUCAGGCUGGAGGCCAAGUGGUGGAGAAGGAACGGAAAUGAGCGAAAGGGGCACUGUUGUGAAGUGGGCAUAUGCCACAGGGAAAUGUCACCAAGUUUCCCCCCAAACGUUGUCCUUUGAGAGUAACAGGAAACCGAUUUUGAAUCUUUCUCGCGUUUGGAUUUUGUUCUUAAAGUUCAGUUGUUGGGCUGUUGAUGACUGCCUGAGAGUUGCUGCUGAAAGAUUUUCAGGACUGGGGGUGGGGGGGAUUUUUUUUGUUUGUUUUAAGGCAAAGUUGACCACUGUUCACUGCCCAUGUGAUCAGUUGUAAGAUUACAAUGCUGCAUGCUAGUCGGUUGCAUAAUACACAAUCCAGUGACUCAAGGCAGUGAUAACGGAUGGUGGUGAGGACAAGUGGCACUGCCAUCUUUGCGUGGAGCCUGGCUCUGCAGCGCCACUUGAUCUUUCGAAACACCCUGGAGCACUCCUGUCUGUCGUUGGCUGUGGUCGUUUUCCUUUGGAGAGUCGAAAGAGACGUUACAGUCCAGGUGAACUUGGAGAUUGUGGGACUGGUUUCGUUUCUGUUUUGUGUUUCGUUGUUUUAUCAUUUACCUGUAGCCCCAUUGCUGUUGAUACGAUCACCUACACUCUGUUUGUAGUGAGUGCUAAAUACAGUAUGGUACAAUGACAGUAACAGCGCAGGGUGCUGCCAGGACCGCCCGUGGGCAUAUCAGUGACAGCCCAAAUGGGGGUGGAGGAAACCUGUAAUUUCCUUCUUACAUGUGUUUGAAAUACCAAGUGAAUAAUACUGUUCUUCUGGACAAAAAUGAUAAACUGGCGAAAAUUAAAGAAAGGGUUUUACAUAAUAGACAGGCCCCACUUCUCAAACUAUUUUUAGAAACCUUUUGUAAACUAAUUUCUUUUGAUUACUGUUUUGCAUCAGUAAAGUGAGAUUGUUUAAACCAAUAAAUCAUCAGUUAUUAGAAAUAGUUGUGUCACAGUGAUACUGGGUUUCUUCUGUGCUGUCAUCAUUUGACAUUGACAGGAACACUACUCCAAACCCUUUCAUGCUCAGGUGUUUGUAACUUGGCCCUCUAAUUAGGCUGAAUCAUUGGCUUCGAGGUCUACUACAACUUCUGCGUAUCGUUCCCAAGCGAGCUUUUAUUUUAAUUUGAAAAUAUAGAUUGUUACCCACUUUGGAUCCUUCUUCAGUUAUGUUUUUGUGUUUCAUUUUUAAAUUGCUCAAAUAUUUUUUAAUGGUCGAGUUAUUAACACUUGAAAAUCAGAUACUGCACCAAAUACAGUAUUUCUUUCAUGGUGUUUUUAAUGAGCGCACCUAUUAAUGCUGUGCAAAUUCAUGCUACCCGUCAUUGUUAUAUUGCAAACAGACUUGCACGAUUAACCAGUUGGUUGUUACACUUUUUUUAAUUGGAGUAUCUGUGACUCAGAGCAGACUGGGUUCUCUUAUGUAAACGCACACGUGCAGAAACACAGGCAAUCUUACAUGCCCAUAAAGACAUUUGUAAAGAAUUCAGCUUAUUAUGGUCUGUUGUAUAAAUGCGUAUCUAGGCACUUUAUUAUAAACUGGAAUUUGACCUCAUAGAUGUUACAAGUUGAUCAGUCAUUUGACCUAAUUUGUGGUAGCUAUCUGUAUGUUUUGCAUUCUUAAUACAGAUAAGCUUUCCAAAAAGGUUAGUAAAGAACCAUCCUGCUGUUUUGAAUAAGUCUAUCCAGCUGUGGAAAGGACAACCUAUGGUAUCUCUGUGCUGCUGUUUUAAAAGGGAGAAAUUUAAACAGCGUUAAAGGGCCGUGUGUUGUUUACUCCUAUUAAAAAAUGAGAGUCCGACUGGCCCUUGGGUGGCCUUCGUUAGAAGGCUUGCAGCUGGGAAGUGUUGAUAUGGGUUAUAUCUCUGGCAUUCUCUUAAGUUGAAAAGUUAACACUGGGACAUGGGUUUGAUCCUUUGUUGUACCUGAUGACAGUGCAGAGAUUCUCCACAGCUGGAUAAGAUGUCAGAAAGCUACUUACUGUACACGGGCAGUAUCAGAUUUCAAAUCCUAAUAUUUCAGCUGUGCUUUUAAUACUCAGAAUAUUAGGGGAUGGGGUGUUGAAGCUUUCACUUUUUUGCUUUAACAAUUUAUAGAAUUUAACAGAUGUACUGUCUUUCACGUGGCCUCACAUUAAAAGUUAUGAGAACGUACACAUGGUUUACAACUUUUACUAGAUACCUUUCCUUGGCCACCAAGUAUUUUAAAAGUGUGCCACCUUUUAACCUUUACUUUUUUUUUUUAAGUUGAAGGUGAUACUUUUUCUAUAUAUGAUGAAACUCAUGUCAACUGAAGUGAGUGUAAUCUCAGAUAUCAACAUUAUUCUAUUUUAAAAUCACGCUAUGGAAAUAUCACCUGCAUUCUGUCAUUUGUCAGAUUUACAGUACCUUUUUUUUCCUUUAACUUUUAGCAUUAAAUAAAAAUAAAAUUGGGAGCACUGAA